AAACUGACUUAACCUUUACGGUAGAAAGCUCGGCGUGGUUUGAUGUGAAUAUUCUCAAGAUCUCAAAGCUCUUUCCAUUCUCUCUUCCUUUUUGUGAAAUUUGGUGUGUGAAGAUUUAGGUAAAGAUUUAGGUAUACCCGACAAUCCUCUCGUCUAUUACAUUAUGUUAACAUGCCCCUGAUAGUUGUAUCUGGGAUACCAUGCAGCGGCAAAACAACGAGAAGUCUCGAGUUGAAAAAAUACUUUGAGGAAAAGCUAAAAGACAGCGGACAAAAUGUAGAAAUAAUCAGUGAAAACGACGCAAUAAUCCAAGCAGGUUAUGAUAGGAAUGUAUACUUUUCAGAUUCGAAGAAAGAGAAAGCUAUCAGGGGUUCAACGAUAUCGGAUAUUCAACGAAAAUUGCAGCCGCAGAAACUGUUGAUAUUUGAUGCUAGCAAUUAUAUCAAGGGUUAUCGAUAUGAGAUCCGUUGUAUGACCAAACUUUAUAAGACUACUCAAUGUACGCUGUUCUGUAAUUUACCAAUCGAGCAGGCCUGGAUUUGGAACGACAAACGGCCUGAGUCUGACCGAUAUAAUAAAGAAAUCUUUGAUGCACUUGUAUCCAGGUAUGAAGAACCAGAUUCUAAUUUCCAAUGGGACAAUCCACUUUUUACUGUUUUACCAGAGGACAAUUUGAUGUAUGAUGAAAUUUACUGUUGUCUGUACAAAGGAAAAUUACCGAAACCAAAUAAGAGUACCCAGAAUAUACCGUUAGCAUCUGCAGAUUAUUUAUAUAGUUUGGACAAAAUAACAAAAAAUGUAACAGAUGUGAUAUUGAAAAUGCAACAACAAGGAAUAAAAACUGAUAUAAAAAUACCACAUUCUAAUGUGAAUUUGGAACGCACGACCGAUCCGGGAAAACUUGCAUUGUUGCGAAGACAGUUUUUAACUUUUAGUAAACAACAGAACCAAGCUGAUCAAAUUGCCACAUUAUUUGUACAGUAUCUCAAUAAUAAUAUACAAUGAAAUUAGAUGUA